AUGUAUCGAAAAAUUAGAAUUCCAUAUUUCUCUACAACGUUCUUACAUUAUUCUACAAGAGUUGAAAUUGAUCCUAGUUUGAAAGAGAAUUUCGAAGCAAAGGAGUACAAACCAAGAAAUCAUCCUGGCAGAUCACAAUUUAAAAUGGUGCCAAUACCGCCUGAUAUUCAGAAGGCUAUAAAAGUCAUAUUACAAGAUUCUAACGCGAAAUCAUAUCAUCAAGACAGUAUAAAGUUAAAUAAUUAUUUACAUUCACGACAUUUGCCACCGGAAGACGAUGAUAUUCGAGCUAAAGCAGCUAAAAUACAUGAAAGCGUGUCAAAAAAGUUUUAUUCAAAUGUUAAAAAAGAAUUAUCUCAUGAAGAAGAAAAAACAAUGGAACAAAAAAUACAAACUACAGUUUUUAAUGUGUUAAAGAAAAAUGUCUAUAGAUGGGGUAAUAUAUCUUAUGAUAAACCAACAUGUCUGCAGUAUUUAAUGUCUCGUGCUGCCCCCGAAUACGCUAUUUUAGUACGAAUACUUGAUGAAAUAAAACGAAGACUGCCUAAUUAUAAGCCUAGAAGCUUCUUUGACUUUGGUUCAGGUGUAGGAACUGGUACUUGGGCAGUAAAUACAUUUUGGCAGCGAGAUAUAUUUGAAUAUUUCACAGUAGAUACAUCAGCACAAAUGAACGAUUUAGCUCGCCUUAUAUUAUGUCAAGGUCGAGAUAAUGUGGAGAUGCCAUUUAAAGCAUACUUCCAAAGGCAGUUCCUUCCAGCAUCAGCAGAUCUAAAGUACAAUGUAGUGUUAUCAGCAUUUUCAUUAUUUGAAAUGCCUAGCAUUAAGAGUAGAUUAGAAACAAUACAAAAAUUAUGGAAUAAAACAGAAGAUUUUUUAAUAAUAGUGGAACAUGGAUCUAAUGCAGGAUUCCAAGUUGUCAAUGAAGCUCGAGAAUAUGUUUUAAAUUCAUCACAAAAAGAUAAGGGUUAUGCAUUUGCACCAUGUCCGAAUGACAACGUUUGUCCGAGAUACUUAGAACAGAAAACACCAUGUAAUUUCUUAAUGAAAUAUGAAACAUUACCAUUUCCACUAAAGUCUGACGUUGCAGCAGAUUUAUACUCAUAUGUUAUUUUAAGAAAAGGUGUUAGACCCUCAGAUGAUCCGCAGUGGCCGAGAAUAGUCAGACCUCCAAUAGUAAGGUCCGGUCAUACAAUUUGUAGAUUAUGCACGGCACAAGGAGAGUUAAAAGAAAUUAUAUUCUCGAAAGGAAAGCAUGAUGUUAAUACAUACAGAUGUGCAAGAUCAAGUAAUUGGGGUGAUGUGUUGCCAAUUAAA